AUGGAGGGUCAUGGAACUGAAGUGCAGACUGGACGCACAUCACCCCCGUCUGGACCCUUUGGAUAUUCUUUUCUCUCCCCCAUGGACACCCCAUUCGAACAAGCACCCGCUCUUCCCCCGGGUCCCUCACUUCUUGAUGAUAAUGAAUCCAACAUGCUUGACAACUUCUUUACUACCAUGAAUGCGAACCACUUUACGAAUGACUUUUGGAUGCGACAAGAACAUAAAUCCGGGAUACCAAAUUUCGACUGGUCUGCCAUCGUUUCAGCAGCAUGGACUUGGCAAAUCAAACGGGGGGUGAUGGCAGGAAAUCCUACAGGUCAGGAUAUAUUUGCAGCAGCGUCCAUGCUAUAUCAGAGUGGCCUAAACGGGCAAGAUAUCGGGUCCUCGCUAGCGCAGCAGGCUUUUGCAGGACACCCUAUGCCACAAAAUGGGACCCACAUGAGGAAUGAUUCACAAGCCGGAAAUGUCGGGCAAGGGCCGAGUACCUCUCCGUCUCGGGCUGAUGUGCCCACUGGAUAUCAUACAUCCGAGAUGUUUUUUGACGUCCGAGAUCCCAUUCCAGCCGACCAGCAUCCAUCAAGAAAGGUCCGCAGUCUCCGCUGGGGGUCAGAUGUCAGUUUUAUGGAUCAAGGCUACCUUCGCCCACCCGACCAACCUGAUGAGGAACAGCGGACAAAGGAACUGCUAGAUCAUCUAGGAUGCUUUGAAACACAGAGCAGUGCAGCCAACACACGAGCUCCCAGUCCGGAACGGAUGGUCGACGGGGCUGUCCAUCGGAACUCCUUCGCAUCACAAUCCAUUGGUUCAAUCCCCGACGACAGCUUACAGACACGGAAACGGUCGCGAACUAUGAAAGAAGACGCCGACCUCUCCGACGAAGAGGAUGGAAGACCCCAUUCCAGAAAAUCCAGAGGAUCCAUAAGUAAAGGACGACGGGUGUCAACAGAUAUGUCUCGGAAAGCUCGUAUACAGCCAGGAUCCAAAGCUGCACGAGAGAACCUCUCCGAAGAGCAGAAGAGGACCAACCACAUCCUUUCAGAACAGAAGCGCCGAAAUCUCAUCCGUCAAGGUUUCGAAGAUCUAUGUACGCUUGUGCCAGGGCUCAGAGGCGGCGGGUUUAGCAAGAGCGCAAUGCUCACUUCCGCUGCUGAUUGGCUUGAAGAUCUUCUCCAUGGAAAUGAUAUCCUCCAAGGCCAACUACAUGAGCUCAAAGGCAUCAAUGGCUUGGUAAUGCCAAGAUAA